GUUACAUAAAGAAAGGAAGCAUGUUAUGAAACGAAGUGAAGUCUUAAUAUUUCGAAUAGUAUAUAGGUUCGCGUGAAUACUGUGGAGUCCGCCAUAAGAAUUUUGGGUGAACAUAUGGUAUGACAGAUUUUGCCAUGUCUGAGACAAUCGAGGAGCAAGUGUCCACUGAUGGUUCUGUGAAGUCUAGGUCAGAAAAUUCCAAAACAGAUUUGGAGGUGAACACAACAGGAAAGACGAAGAAGGAUGAAGCAUCAAAAGAGAAGCAGAAGAAAGCCAAGAGAAAAGGCAACACAUCAGAGUCUGAAACAGAUGACCAGAAACUGAAAAGCUCCAUGAAACGAAAAACUGAGCAAAGUGCUAAGCAAAAGGACAAGAAAACCUUGCAGUCAGAGAUGAGUAGUAAAGAAUCCUUGAGUGGGAGCGGGGGCAAGAAAAGUAAAAUUGAGAGUGACCCAGCAAAUAAUGGUGACCUGGUAGAAGCAGUGAAGAAGGCACGGCUUAAAGCUGGAUCUUCUGUUGAGGAUUUCAAGUACAACAAGCAACGGGUACAUCUAAUUUCUGAAAAUGAUGACCUCAAGAAUGGCGCCCAAGGAAUUAUUUACUGGAUGUCUCGUGACCAGAGAGUGCAAGAUAACUGGGCAUUAUUGUAUGCCCAGCGGCUUGCCCUGAAGCAGAAGUGGCCACUCCAUGUAUGCUUUUGUCUUGUUCCCAAGUUCCUCGAUGCCACCAUUCGUCAUUUUGGCUUCAUGUUAAAGGGACUACAAGAAGUUGCAGAGGAAUGCAAAGACCUGAAUAUUCCAUUCCACUUGUUGAUAGGAUAUGCUAAAAAUAAGCUUCCACAGUUCAUAAAGGAUCAUAACAUUGGAGGCAUGGUGACAGACUUUUCUCCACUUCGUGUUCCUCUGCAGUGGGUCCAGGAUGUGAAAGAGAAUUUGCCCAAAGAUGUACCUUUUGUUCAGGUUGAUGCCCACAAUCUUGUUCCUUGCUGGAUCGCUUCUGACAAGCUGGAAUAUGGAGCAAGGACAAUCCGCAGAAAGAUCCAUGACAAACUUCCGCAGUUUUUGACAGAAUUCCCUCCUGUUAUUUGUCACCCCUAUACAGCAAACUUCAAGGAGCAGCCCAUUGACUGGGGUGCAGCUUAUGAAAGUUUGGAAGUUGACCGUUCAGUAACAGAGGUGGAGUGGGCCAAGCCUGGGACGUUGGCAGGUUUGAGAAUGUUGGAGUCUUUCAUAGAAGAGAGGUUGAAAUACUUCCACACUGACCGAAACAAUCCUAAUAGAACUGCUUUGAGCAAUUUGUCUCCAUGGUUUCACUUUGGGCAGGUGGCAGUGCAGCGUGCUAUCCUGGAAAUACGGAAGCACCGCAAAUUCCGAGAAUCUGUGGAUGGAUUUAUAGAGGAAGCAGUAGUUCGCAGAGAGCUGGCAGAUAAUUUCUGUUUUUUUAACAAAAAAUAUGAUUCAUUGGAAGGUGCAUAUGAAUGGGCAAAAACUACUCUUAAAAUCCAUGCUACAGAUAAGAGAAGCCAUGUUUACACCCUUAAACAGCUGGAAGAGGGGAAGACUCAUGACCCACUCUGGAAUGCGGCACAGCUUCAGAUGGUGCGGGAAGGAAAGAUGCAUGGGUUCCUAAGAAUGUAUUGGGCCAAGAAGAUACUUGAGUGGACUCGCUCCCCUGAAGAAGCAUUGGAAUGGUCCAUAUACCUUAAUGAUCGCUAUGAGCUAGAUGGUCGAGACCCAAAUGGAUAUGUAGGUUGUAUGUGGUCAAUUUGUGGGAUUCAUGACCAAGGCUGGGCAGAAAGACCUGUGUUUGGAAAAAUCCGUUACAUGAAUUAUGAAGGGUGCAAGAGAAAGUUUGAUGUCACUCAGUUUGAACGCAAGUACAGUCCAAAGAAUUUGUGUCCAUAGUUUCUUUUUUCUACAUUUGUACUGCUGUAACACCAUAAUCCAUUCCUUUUACCCAGAAAUAGUUACCCAACUAAACUGAGUAAGAAGUUUAGUAUCAGAAUUUUACAGAAAAAUGCUGUUAUCUUUUUGUAAUGCUUAUCUUUGCGAUCCAUUUUUGUUUUUAAUAUUUUUCUAGAGUAUUUAUUAGUAAAACCAUCAGGUUCUUUCUUUUGUAUAUGAAAAAAUGUGGGUUAUAAAGGUAUUUGAGCUACAUAUCUGAAAUCUGUACUUGUAUCUAAUUUGUCUUGGAAUGUGCAGAAUGUGUGUGUUAACCAUUUAUUCUGUAGUUGAGCCCCUGUUCCCUUACAAGGAUCAGGUUAGAGUACUAUGAGAAGUUUAUUAGACAAAGAAAUAUGUACUUGCUGUCCUGUGCUGCACAACACCUGCAAACUGUAACUGUAUGUUUUGUAUCACUGUAGUAUGAUCUGUUUCUUUUCUGGAAGUAGACUUGAAAAGGAGUGGCUUCCAGUUUGUCUCCUCAGAGAAUGCCAUUCAGCUGUACUUCCAUAAUGCUCCUAAGUGAAGUAGGGAAGAAAAGAGAGCACUGCUUCCCCUGCAGAUCAUCAGUUUUUCAGUUGCAGUGACAUUUUCACUUGCAGCACUGCUGUCAGGUUAACAUCCUUGUGGUGUGUCCCUUGCAGUAGGAAGCAGCUAAUUUUAAUACGCCAGUAGUUGGAGUGAGUUUUUUUUUUCUUCUCUUGUGUGUUUAUUAAUCAUAACUUUGUGUAAAACUCCAAGAGUUGCAAAAGUUGAGGAUCCAAGAGUUUAUACACUCUUGAAGAUUGUUGUUAAUAUUUUGUUUUUUUACAGAUUUUCUUUCUUCCUGAAAAAUCAGUGAACUUUCAUUUUUUUGUAUAUAUUGCUUCAGGAGUAAUUGUUACAUUUUGUUUGGAGAUAGAGAAACAUCAUUUUGUUUCAGUUUUGGUUUUAAUUUCAUCCUCAGUCUUGUACCUCCACCUAAUUACUUAGUGUCUCAUCAUUUCUCAGAGAACACAAGUCCAGGGUACCAUUUGCUUAUUAAAUUCAGUGGUGUACCACCCUUCUGACCUGGCUGUGGUGAGAUGAUCCCUCAAUGUUGCUUUGAAGUUAUAUGUACAUAUGAACAAUUUAGCAGAAAGACAAGUACAAAACAGAUUUCACUUGUGCAUUGUCUUAGUUAUCUGGAGCUCUCCCCCCACCAAAGGAUAGACUUAACAGUAGCAAGUGUCAUUGUUUCUGUGUAGAGAAUCUGGCAUACAAUGAAGGGCCAUGGUAUCUGAUAACUGGUAUUUUGUAUUUUCCCCAGUGACCACAGUGCCCCAAAUCGAAUAUUUCCUUUUCCUAGAGUAUAUUUUCCUCCAUACAUAAUGAUCUCCAUAUACCACAUAUUAAAGACUUAACAGUUUCUCCUCUUUGUUGGAUUUUUGCCCCAGACAGCUUCCUGACUGCACACCAUGUUGGGUCUGAAUGAAAUCUCAUGACUUUCAUUAAGAAUGUUUCUUUUCAAAGAAAACAAGAUAUUAGUAGCUUGUUUUCCCCCACAUCCACUAGAGUCAUAAUGCUAUCCAGACUGAAAAUGGAGUUUUUCUAUUGUAUACUGUCAAUUACAGCGACACUUUCUCUCUCAAGGAGCCAUAAACUUGAAGUUUUUUGUAGCCUGAGGUAAAGAAACUUGAUUGACCACUGAGAGCAGCUUCAUUCACUAGCUGAACUUUGUAAACCAGGAAAUAUAUAUUAUGAUGAACUCAGAGGGGAAGAGGGAAGAAAAACGGGACCUAAACCUCACAAAAUUUCACUUAUAUUAGUUUUCUUUUUUAUUUCUACAAGCAGUUUUUUUAAAACUACAUAACACAUAAUUAAGAGUAAAUUUGUAAGAGGCUGUACAAGCCAGGCACUGACACAGUGAGAAUUCUCAAACUUAACAGUAUUUCUCACUGUUUCCAUGCUCAGUGAAUGGAAUUUAUAAUCUGGGGAGACUGGAUUGUUUUAGUCUCGUCACCUGUGCAAAAAGUAGUUUUCCAAGAAAGCAAGAUCACAUCAGGAUGUCAGCCCCCAUGGCAGCAUUUGAGGAUUAAAAAAAAUGAAAUUAAAUAACUACUUACUCUACUGCAGGCAGGAUUGGAUUAUGUAGACCAUCAUGACAAAUAUUUAUUUUUUCAAUUUCUGCCUGUGGUGGUCUUUUAACAUCCAUGAAGAAAUGAAAAUAUUUACAGCGUGACUUAGUAUUGUUGUGACACAGUCCUGUAUUUGAACACAGUGUAUAAUGUGAAUAUCUGUGAGUAUAGGAACUACUGGAUAUCCUUGUGAACAGUAAAAGUGGGUGCAGUUAGCAAUGAACAAACUCUCCUACUGAAUAACAUUAAACUAUUUCACCUAAAUUUUAUAAAUGGCCCCACAAAGAGCAUGCUUAUAUUCAUCUGCUUUGCCACCUAUAGUUUGGACGCCGGCGCUAGUCAGUGUUUACUCUGUGCAUAUCUGGGUAGAAAUAUUGACAUUCUUUUGUAAUUAAAACUUCUAAGACUUACCCUUUUAAUAUUAUUCAGCUGUUUUGUAAAAUUAAUAAAAAAUGGGCAUAUAUUGGUCCAGUUAUGUAGACUUUGUUUACCUACAAAACGAGAACCACGUGGAGAAGUUUAGUAUUACAAGACGUGAUCUUCAUUAUAGUUCGAUAUCCAUUAUAUCUAGCAUUGCAGUUUUCUGGUCUUGUUUGGUUAAUGACACAGUCCCUUUUUUUCCCCAUUUCCACUCCAUACAGGAAGUCAUGGUUGCAUACAUUUUGUUUUAUUUCUCUCCUUGUAUGGAUAUGUUUUUUUUAGUAACCCUGCUGUUCUUCCUUUCCAGGAAAAGCUUCUACUCUAACUUUUAUGUUCUGAGAAUUUUUAAGCUGUUGGUAUGGGGUUCAUAUUAUAUGAUCGAAAGCUAGAGAUAGCGAACAAUCUAUAAUCGAACCCAAAUGCACGAAACCACAGAAUAUGGAAGGAACGGAUCAGCAAAUUUUUUCCCAGGGAAAAAAUUCACUGAUCCAAAAAAAAUAUAUAUAAGGCAAUAUAAGGUGGGGGGCUUGGCUCCCACACACACACACGCGCCCCACCUUAAAUAUACCAACUUCGAUAUCUCACCACAGUGAAGAAAACUGCAAAGUCCGGAGAACG